CCCCGACCUCCACCUCGCCCCACAAGGACUCGCCUUUAACUCUUCCUUUCUCUAAAAUUCUGAGCUUUGAGCGAUCUCUCUUUCUCUCAACUCUCAUUGUCAUUGCUUCUCCUCUUAGCACCUCUCAACACCAACGCUUCUUCUUCUUCUUCUUCUUCUUCUCUCUGAAGCUCUGAGAUGGCAACAGCAGCAACUGAAGAAGUUUCAGAACCCCUGAAAUAUAAGACCCAUAUCUUGAAGGUAUCCAUCCAUUGUGAAGGCUGCAAGAGAAAGGUCAAGAAGGUUCUACAGAGCAUCGAAGGUGUUUAUACCGUAACUAUCGAUUUGCAGAAACACAAAGUUGUAGUGAAUGGAAACAUUGACGCUGAGACCCUGAUCAAGAAACUGCAGAAAACAGGGAAGCACGCAGAGCUUUGGCCUGAAAAAGCUGAGAAAAAGGAUAAGAAAUCUGGGAAAUCGAAGAAAAACGAGCAGCAAAAUGACUCAAAAAGCAAUGAAAACGGCAGCCCUGACGGCCAAAAGAAACCAACACCAACAGAGGACGUGGAAGCAAAACCCACGUCCGAUAAAACUACUGAAAAUGGAGCUACCGUCAAAACUAACGAAGGGGGAAGCGCAACACCCGCCAAAAAUGGUGGCGCCGGGCAAAACAAAGAACCGAAGUCCGACGGAAAGAAGCAGGAAAACUCGCAGUCGCAGGCGGUGGACCAGUCUCCGAUUCCGUCGGCAUCGACGGAAGAAAAGGGCGGUAAUUGUGAUGGGCCCGCCAAGAAAAGCGGUGGUGGGGAAAAUGGUGGCAAUGGGGGUAAAAAGAAAAAAAAGAAAGGGCAAAAGGUUAAUUUUGUGGAGAACGGAGGUGAAACCGCCGGGGACACACCGACGACCAGCUCUCCGACUCCUACGGCUAGUCCUAUUCCUAAUGCCGCAGCCGCAGCCGCAGCCAUUCCUCCAAGUAAUACGGGUCCCACUAAUCCGUCGACGAAUCUCAUCCCUCCACGCCAGCACGUAUAUUCGUACGUACCAUAUACUCAUAUGCCCCAACCUGUAUACGCCGUAAGUUACAAUACGGCGUAUCCGUCGUCUAGCUCUGCUGCGUCUUACUACGUACCCCUGGCACCAGCGCAGUACACGUAUACGUAUACUGACGCAGGGUAUUAUGAUGCCCCACCACCGCCACCACCAUCUGAUUCCUUCGAGAUGUUUAGCGAUGAGAAUCCAAAUGGAUGCAUGAUCAUGUGAUGUAUUCGUCGAAAAUCGACGUGGACAUCCACGGUACUUAGGUUAUAGUUAUAUUAGUUUGUAUGAGUGGGUUGGGUUUGGUUGGGGGGUAAUUUUGUAAAAAUGUACAUAAAGAAGGAAUUGUAGGGACUAGGGACCUGGUUAUGUUUGGCCGUUCGGGGCGAAUGGGUUUGCACUUUGUAGGGUUGUUCACUUGUUUGGUUAACAGAGGUACUAGCUUUGUACUUUGUGAUGCCUAGAACUAGUCGUUUUUGCAUUUUCAGGAUUUCAAA